CCACCCAAUAAUGGUCUCGUCUUAAUUAUAAAAUGAUGAGGCCGAAUAAUUUUUCAUCGUACGUAUCAAGGGUUCACGUUGUUUGUUUGCUUGUCAUUGAUCAACAUCUGCAAUCUUAUCCAUUCGGCAACUUGCGGCAAGGCUGUUACUCGUAAUUGGUAAUUAACCGCCGCAUUCUUCGGUUACCUAAUCCCCGAAUACCGACCAGGGCGUUACCCAUCUAGGGAUCUACUAGGUUUUACCUUUCUUAUCUUAUCCUCUCUAUAUCUCAUACAUCAUCAAGAAAUAAUAAAUCUACUACAGAUCUAUACAACACUCUUUCAUCACUCUUUCAAUUACAACCUAAAAAUCCCCUGACCAACCUUUCCACUCUUCACUCCCUACCAAUCGCCCACCUACCUCCACUCCACCCUUACCUCAACCCAUCACACAUCACAUAUCACACAUCAACACAUCAUGUAUUCCAUCGCGCCCUCUCCCAUCCCCACACUUUUGUCCGACCCAGUGACCUCCACCCCACCAGACACUUCCGCUCCAUCAAUCUUCCGCUACAUCAUCGGCUUCCUACUCAUCGGUGUCGCCUGGGGCUUUACAACCCCAUUCAUCCGAGCCGCCGCGCGAACUCACCAACCGCCGUCUCACCCCAUUCUCUCGUCCCCCUCGGUUACCAAAUCUUUCGUCAAAUCUAAGCUAUAUGGCGCUUUCUUCGGAGUCGUGGAUCUUUUGAGAAACCCUAGAUAUGCCAUUCCUUUGGUGAUCAAUUUGACGGGGAGUAUUUGGUUUUUCUUAUUAAUCGGCCAGGCUGUCCCCAUCACAAAUUCUCUGGCUUUCCUCUUCACAGUAUUAGGAGAGUGGUGGGUGGAGAGAAAAGUAAUCAGUCGCGGUAAUUCCCCUCGUCCCUUUCCCUUACAUCCCUUCCCCAUCAAUACUUCAAGAAAUGUGGCUUGGACCCCGAGUACGAGAGCUAAUAUAUUGAUAGAUACCUGGAUUGGUAUGAUCUUGUCGUUAUGUGGCAUUGCGCUCUGUGUCCAUAGUAAGACGGGAUGA